GACUAGUAGGGGCGUUUGCAGGAUUUGCAGGCAGAGUAUUCUUGGAAAACAGUUACUGUUUUCAAUGUUGCAAUAACUUACUUCUAAUCAAAACUGCAAAAUGAGUUCCUCUGAUGGGAAGACCAUUACCGUUAUUGGCAGUGGGCUGAUUGGGCGCUCCUGGGCCAUGGUGUUUAUAAGUGGGGGCUACAGAGUGAAGAUCUAUGACAACCAGCCAGGCCAUGCUGCCAGGGCCAUCCAGGAGAUCAGGAAACAGCUCGAAGAUCUGCAGGAAGAGUGCAUGCUGAGGGGGGAUCAAAGUGCCUCAGAGCAGCUAGCCCUACUGAGCAGCCACAAUGACCUCUGCCAGGCACUAGAGGGAGCCUUCUUCGUCCAGGAGUGUGUGUUUGAGGAGAUCGAGGCCAAGCGGAGUGUCUUCCAGGUGGUGGAGAGUCAUGUGGGAGAGGGAGUGAUCCUCAGUAGCUCCACCUCCUGCCUGUUGCCUAGCAACAUCUUCUCCCAGGUCCAGAACCGGAAGCGCUGCAUUAUAUCUCACCCGGUGAACCCGCCCUACUACGUGCGUCUGGUGGAGCUGGUGCCACACCCAGAGACGUUGGCGGGGGUGAUGGACACUACCCACGCCCUGAUGACUGCCGUAGGCCAGGCUCCCGUCAGGCUGAAGAAAGAGAUUGACGGCUUCGCCCUAAACCGUGUGCAGUACGCCAUCAUCGCCGAGUCCUGGAGGCUGGUCAAGGACGGUGUCAUUUCAGUCAAGGACAUUGACCUGGUGAUGUCAGAGGGGCUGGGAAUGCGUUACGCAUUUAUUGGUCCCAUGGAAACCAUGCACCUCAACGCACCUGAAGGUCUGGAGGACUAUCUCCAGCGCUACAGAGAGGGCAUGAAGAGGGUUCUGAACACCUUUGGACCUGUUCCCGAAUUCUCUGGGGAGGCAGCCGAGCGCAUCAACAAAGAGAUGUGUGAGCUGAUCCCAGCUGACCAGCAGCCCCUGUCUGCCAGGAGAGAGAGAAGGGACCAGCUUCUCAUGGGCCUGGCCAAGCUCAAGAAGUGACCCCAGGACUAUCACCACCACUGAUGAACAGGGUGGGCUGAGGUCUGGGACUCUGCUGUCCAUCACUCAGCCAAAGAGCAUGAGGAUGAUCUGAUCUCUCAGUAGUACCUACACUGGGGAUGUUACUGAAUACUGUAGCCCUGAGUCCUCACACACAACCAACCAUUAUGGGAUGAUACUGUAGCCCUCACACACAAUAAAGCAAUCUAGGGAUUGAUUCCCAUGCCAUCUCAGAAAUCUACCCACCACAUGUUUUAUGCAAUCAACACAUUGAUCAGACAAGGGAAUUAUUGGUUUGGUCAUACCACACUGGCUUCUUGAAUUAUGAAUAUGAAAUGUUAAUGUCAAAACCUUAUGGGAGAUUUCUUUAUUAAAAUGUUGAAUUUCUCAAGAA